GCCAUGUCUAGAGGUUUCGCGCCUAGUUAGGUAAUGGGAACACGUCAACGGAGUAAGGUGACACCUAAUGCCAAAAUGUUAUUUUAUGUACAUCAACGCAAUUCACUUGCAAUUACAUUUAUGUAAUUAAUUAUUGUAUUUGAAUUAUGACAAAAUAAAUUAAAAAGGAAAAGAAAAUAAAGAAUCCCUAUUUCUUAGGCCAUUUUGUCUGUCAUUUCUUGCAAGCUUGGAAUUGCAAAAAUUCAUACCAUGUCAUCUUGUAAUUGGAUAUGCAAGACUAAUGUAGAUGCAGUAAGGGAGAGAAGAAAUCGCGAGAGAAAAAAAUUGCUUGGGUAAAAGAAUUAAAAAGAAAAUCACUCACAACUGAGAUUUGAGGAGAAGCCUUGAAGGCUGACGUGGAGGGAUCAGUUUCUCAUAUCCUUUUAAUAUUUUUUAAGAUGAAAUUGGUCAAGUAAUUUUUUGUUUUGGCAAAUGUAUCUGCAUGCAUAAUAAUACGGGCCAUUUAUUCUAGCUGGCAUAGUGAUUCUUUGUUUUCUCUGCUUAUCAAAUACCCGGGGACUUGUCGCAGAUUAUCCUGGUCUAGAAGAGCAAGCAAAGUUAAUCUCAGAAGAACUGGGUACUGAUUAUUUGUGGAAGGAAACAGAUUUUAGGGCUGCAACAAAAGAGGAUGAGGAAAGGAUACAAUCAGCUUUGGAUAUCGAGGAAGCCAUUCCAGGAAAUGGUGAUUGGGCUGUGAAGCUGGGCAUCAAUCUUUUCUACAGUGCUAAUCUUAGUUGGUCGCCACUUUAUAGUAAGCAAAUGGCAUACAAUUCUGUGAUCUACAAUGCAUUUGGCCGUGCGUCUCCUGUAAGCUCACCUAAGAAGUCUACUAAUAAUGUUUCUGGACGAUCCGCCAAGCAGAGAAAAGUUGUGGUAGGUAAAUGGUGUGGCAGAGUUUGGAUGUCAAAUCAAGUGCAUCCCUUUAUAGCAAAUUGGGAUUCCCAGUAUCAUGACCAGGGAGAGGAAAAGCUUGAGGUACAAGAAACACAAAUCUUUCAAACAGAAACCCAAAGAGUCUCUGUCAAAUCUGGGAAGAGAAAGAAACCUACAACAGUGAAGAGGCCCUCGGUUACGAAAGUGGUGCCCAUGGGGUCUGAGGAGGCUGCUGCUUCAGAUGAUUUGGGUGUUUCUCAUAAGCAGAUUGGGAGGUUAAACAGUCGGAAGAGAACUGGAGGUCCUCGAAGAAAAGUGUCAGCGUAUAAUUCUGCGGAGGAGCAUGAUGAGAGCUUGCGCAGAAGCAAAAUAGCAACAGAUGUGGUGAAUGAAGAUGUAGAUUCUGAUGAAUCUCUACAGCAGUACAAGAGCUCUAGAAGGGGGCGAGCCGGACAUUUUGACUGUGAAAAACAUUCAGGGUUCUAUGAAACAGCAAAGAAAGCCCCCAAGAAGCAGCGGAGAACACCUAGAGUCAGUCAGCCCAAGUACGUCGAGAAAGAAUCAGAAGCUUCAGGCGAUUCUUUAUUACAAGAGGACAACAUUCUUCAAUGGCAUGGAAGAGUUCCUAGAAGUAAUAAGCAAAUGAAAUUAUUGGAGAAGGAGCAGACAGGUUUUGAAGUUCCACUAGAAGAAGAAGAGAGUUCUCAGAAGUCUCAUAAGGUCUAUCGAAGGAGAAAGGCCAAAUGCGUUGCUGAGAAGGAAGAUGCAGUAGCAGCUCCAAGCGAGAUGACAGAAAGCAUUAUUUCUCAAAAGCAGAACAGUUACAGCAGGAUUCCUGAGGAAGCCGUGUUUGAUGAUGAUGAUGAUGAUCCUCUAGAUGCUGUUCAGUGGCAAACUACAAGCCUCUCUGAAAUGGAGAGAGAAGAUGCAAUGUCCGAUGAUGCUUCAGACUAUAAUGAUCGAAGGGCUAUUAUGCUUCGGGGCAAAGAUCCCAUGUUCGAUUCAACAGAAGAUCUCGGAGUUUCAGAUGAUCCACUUUAUGAUGAUGAUGUCCAUCAAAGAACCAUUUCUAGAGUCAACAAAAGAGCUAAAGUUACAGAAGAUAGACAGCAAGACUUUACAAGGAAGACUCCAAGAGGUAUCAAGCGAAACAAAUUUAUCAAAGGGGAGGUGGAGGAUGAUGUGAUUUCGGAUGAUUUGGUAGGAGAAGGUUAUGAAAAGCAGCAGAAAGGGAGGGUUCUUAGAAGCAAGCAGCAGAGGAAACCUGCAGCGACCCUUAGCCAGAUGGAAAGCCGAAUUCCACAACAGGUGAGAGGUGGGAAGAAACCAAUGCAGAAAGAGACUCUUCUUUUGUCAGCCAAACAGCAGAAGAGGCCUGUAAAUGAUUAUGAUGAGUUUGAUCAGGAAGGCGGGCCUAGCACACGCCUCAGGAAAAGGCCCUCAAAACCUGCUCCUCAAGGGCCUGGAAAUAAUAAGUCUAACAAGGAGAAGAAGGGAAGUAGUAGUAGCCGGAUCAAAGUGAUGAAGUCUUCUACUCCUGCUGGUGGGCGCAACAAGAGCGUGAAGAUGAAAGAGGUGGAAGAAGAACAGUACCAGUGUGAUAUUGAUGGAUGCACCAUGAGUUUUGGGUCAAAGCAAGAGCUUAAUGUCCACAAAAGGAACAUUUGCCCAGUGAAGGGAUGCGGGAAGGUGUUCUUCUCGCACAAGUAUCUGGUGCAGCACAGGAGAGUCCAUGUGGAUGACAGGCCACUCAAGUGCCCAUGGAAGGGGUGCAAGAUGUCAUUCAAGUGGGCUUGGGCUAGAACCGAGCACAUCAGGGUUCACACGGGUGCACGCCCUUAUGUGUGUGCAGAAGAAGGAUGCGGUCAGACAUUCAGGUUUGUGUCAGAUUUCAGCCGCCACAAGAGAAAGACUGGUCAUAUAGGCAGGAAGGACAGCGAGUAAAGCUGUGCUGUGGGAAACAAGAAGUAGGGAAAGCUUAACAUUUGCUAAUGGAAGGACCUGUUGUAACAUUGAGAAGAUGGUCUAGGGCUAGGCUGGGAGGAGGUAGGGUUUUUCAUUUAUUUGCUUAUCGUUAGAUUCAUCAUGAGUAUCAUCAUAACCAUUGAAUGUUCUUUCGCUCUGUGCUUCAUUAUGGGCCACAGUUUAAUUGACAGAUAAUUCUGGGCGACUGCAUUGAACCUUAAGUAUUAACACUCGUCCAUCUUUAACCGCAAGUACGGCAUUGAGGCUUGUGUUUGUUUGUUCAUGCAUGGCAAUGUGCACAAGUGCUGCUGUAUAAUUAAUCCGUGCUAUAAUAUUGCACUCUCUUUCCCAGUGCUUGAUGUAUAUCUAUAUGAAUAUACUAGGGCUCCAAUUUCCAAUCCAUUCUCUGGAUAAAACCUUGGAAAUUCA